UCUUACUAUAGUUUUCAACUAGUCAACGGCACACCAUCAUGGCGAUGGGUUUUGGUUACGUCUUUGAUUUACAGUUAAGAAAUUUGGCAUAAUGGUCUAAAUUGCAUUUUUUUUGUAAUUAUUUCUAAUAUCCGCAAAAUUUUUUAUUAUUAUUUUAUUUCAAGUACUUUUAUAUAAAUUACAAAUUUCAUUAUGGUAAAAUUAACAGAAGAAAUGGUCGUGGCUCGGACACGAAUGUCUGAUUUCUCUGCCGUAAAGAAACUUAAUUGUUGGGGCACAGAAUUAACUGAUGUAAGCAUUUUAAGAAAAAUGAAAAAUGUGGAAGUAUUAUCAUUAAGUGUUAAUCAUAUCAACACUCUUGCUGAUUUUCAAUAUUGUUUAAGUCUUCAAGAAUUAUUUGUUAGAAAUAAUAAUAUUGAAGAUUUAAAUGAAGUUUGUUAUCUUCAAGGUUUACCAAACUUAAGAAAUUUAUGGCUUGGAGAAAAUCCUUGUGCUGAGAAGGAAGGGUAUCGGUUAUCAGUUUUAAGAGCUUUACCAAAUUUACAAAAACUUGAUGAUGAAGUAGUAUCACCUGAGGAAGUGCAAACUGCAUUGACAAGAGGUCGUGUUUUAGUUCAUCCUCUUCUUGAUAUGUAUGCUUCCCCACCACAAUCAAAUGCAGUUAGUCCAGAAGAUAUUACUACUGAAUAUAUUGAAGAAAGUGAAGUGACACGACAUCGAAGAUAUAGUUCUUCAAGUGAUCAGAGAAGUUUUGAAGAGACACAACAUGUUCAAGAAGAGUAUCAUGAUCCAGAUCAUAGAAAUGCAAAUUAUAAUGCGUCACCAUCACAUCAUUAUUCACAAAAUAAUCAAUAUGCAUAUGAGCAACAAGCAAAUGGACAGUCAAAGAAUCAAAGCAAAGAUGAAACUAUACGUACAGAGUCGCGCAACGUCAGUGAAAACGUGGCCACUAACACUAUUGAAAUAAUCAAGGAAUAUGAUGACCGAUCAGCAAUAUCUAGACAUAAUGGAGAUUAUGAUGAUAGAAGAUCUUAUGCAGAAUAUAGUAAUAAUGAUAUUUCUCAACGAACAUAUGCACCAAUGUCUCCAAGAACACAAUAUGCUACAAAUGAAAUUUUAGAUGAAAGACGAGCAGAAAGAAAUAAUUAUGAUUAUGACAAUAGAUUGAAAUCUGAAUAUAAAGAACAUCAUGAUCACAGGAUAAAAUCAGAUUAUGAAGAGCAACAUCAACCAUCAUCUCAACCUAGACGAAUGGCAGUUCAUCACAAUGUAAAAAGGGAAGAUUCAAACCAAGUACCUGGAUGGGUAAGACAUUCUGACAAGGAAAAAUGUAGAUCACAAUUUCAUUACCACAGAAGGCCUGUUACAAGAAACUCAAACAUAUUAUCGGCUGUAUUAUGUUUAGUUAAAGAGCUUGAUUAUCCAAGUUUAGAAGUAGUAGAAAUGGCUGUUAGGAAUCGAAUGGAUGAAUUAGAAGAAUGAUGUUUCUGACGCCGUCCCCAAAAUCAGGGGA